GUGAAAUUGAGGAACUGAACCCCGGCGGCCGGAGUUCCUCAUUUGAUUUCGCUCAGAAAAGUAGAAAACGCCAGCCGAACACACCGGUCCGCCGCCCACGCCAGCGCUGAGCUCACCAGGAAACCGUCUUCUUCCACUGGCGCGGGCUAGGAGCGUCGCCGCCGCGUCGCGGUUAUGGGUACGGCGGCUGUCGUGGAGGACACGAUACGCGUCGUCCUCACCUGCCUCCCUGAUCCGCCCUUCCGCACCACCGGUUCCUCCCGUCCCUACCAGAGUCCCAGCGGCGGCGGCGGCGGCGGGGACCGCAUCAGCCGCCUCUCAGACGCGGUGCUCUCUAACAUCGUGGCGCGUCUCCCCGCCAAGGACGCAGCGCGCACUACCGCGCUCUCCAGGCGCUGGCGCCGCGUCUGGGCCUCCACUCCACUCGUCCUCGACGACUCCGACCUCCUCGUCUUCCACGACGACGGCGGCUGCUCUACGCCCAACUGGUUAGCCGUCACAGACACCGUGUCCCACGUCCUCUCCUCCCACAGGGGGCCCAUCCGCUUUGUGCGCCUCACCUGCUGCUACAUGGCGCUGGCCUCGCACAACGGCGCGCUCCAGUACUGGCUCCGGGUCCUCGCUGCGGGGGGAGUCGAGGAUCUCGUCCUCGUCAACCGCCCAUUACCCACCUCCGUGGGCCUCCCCAUCGACGUCCUCCACCUCGCCUCCCUCCGCACCCUCUACCUCGGUUUCUGGUGCUUCCCGGACACCGCCACCCUCCCGCGAGGCCGCGCCACCGUGUUCCCCUGCCUCCAGGAGAUUGGACUCUGCGCUACCGUCAUCCACGCCAGGGACAUCGACCACCUGCUCGCCUGCAGCCCCGUGCUCGAGAAGUUCGCCAGCAUCACCAGCAUCUACUUCACAGACCCUGUCCGGAUCCGCAGCUGCAGCCUCCGGUGCCUUGUCUUCUGGGAGUCCCUGGCCAAUGAGCUCGACUUGGUCGUCGCCCCGCGCCUCCAGCGCCUAAUCCUGUGGCAGUCGCGCCAAUGGAUGAUCGGCUCCGUCCAUUUCCGCAGCAGGAUCAGGAUUGGCUCCGCCACCGAACUCAAGGUGCUCGGCUACCUGGAGCCAAGCAUCCACCAGCUCGAGAUUGGCGGCACCAUAAUUGAUAGUGGAACAAAGAUGACCCCAUCUAACAUGGUUCCAAGUGUCAAGAUCUUGGCCUUGAAGAUGCAGUUCAGAAUCCGCAAGGAAGUCAAGAUGCUGCCCACCUUCCUGAGAUGCUUUCCCAAUGUGGAGACAUUGCAUGUUCUGUCACAUGAAACUGAUGAGCAAAAUGGCAAGUUCAAUUUGAAGUUCUGGGAGGAGGUUGGCUCCAUCAGCUGCCUAGAGACACGCAUCACCAAGGUGGUGUUUGACAAAUUCAGAGGAGAGCGUUGUGAGCUCGCGUUCCUCAAGUUCGUCCUAGAGAGGGCAGAAUCGCUGCUGAAGCUUGUGGUUGUAUUGGCCAAUGGAGAUCAAGCCUCAGUGGAUGAGAUGCUUGCUAAGUUGAAGUCUCUGACCACGGUGAAACGAGCCAGCGAUUUCCCUACUCUGUUGGCAGUUGCCCGUGAGGGUGACAGCGCCUGGUACUUUGAGAGAGCAUCCGAUCUUUCUGUUACUGACCCCUUCGAUUUGUGAAGCUCAAGGCGAUGACAUAUUCCAUGACCAAUUCUAUUGUUCUCCUGAGCCAAUCAGUUGUUCUUUGUCAUUCAGGGUAUACUUGCUAGGCAUUCCCUAGAAUCUUGUCUCGUCUUGUGUUGACUGUAAAUGUGAGUACAGUUCUGAGUGAAUCAGGAGAGGUAUAUAGUUUAUGGAAAGCGCUGCUUGACAUUUCGCUAUUGAAAAUAUAGGUUCUGCAUAGCUGCUCUUGAGUUGACUACCUCCAAAUGCUGUCACUGGCUAGUUUCUCAGUUGUGAUGUACUGCAUACUGGGCAUAGUUGGAACUGGAAAAUAUCGUAUUGGUAACCCCAGAUUCUGUGUAUCGUUGAUAUGAUUCUGGUUUAUGUAAUUUCUUGAGCCUGACGUUUGAUUCU